UAUGAAAGUACUUUUGGAAAAAAAAAUUGAGUUGUAAAGAGAAAUUUUUGUAUUGCAUAUAAAGAUCCCCUUUUAUCAAUCAAGCGGCUGAGACUAGAAUCUCGACUCUGCAACCUCAAAGUCGGAGAAGAAGAAAAGAGAAAAAUGGUGAAAGUGGCCACUUACUUCGCAAUGACACUGGGCGCCUUUGUUUUCUGGCAAACCAUGGAUAAAGUCCACGUCUGGAUCGCCCUCCACCAAGACGAGAAGAAAGAGAGAUUGGAGAGAGAAGCGGAGAUCAGGAGAAUGAGGGAAGAGCUGCUUCAGCAAGCCAAACAGAAUGAUCGUCUUGCGUAAAUUCUGCGUUCAAGUCCUUUUCUUGUUGCUGCUGUCUCUUUUUUUUUUUUUUCAUGGACUUUGUUUUAAUUUAGACUUCAUGGAAUCAUGGUCGAAAACCAUAAUAUUGGCUUUGAUUAGCUGGAUAAACCCGUGCUAUCAUGUCAUGGACGAAUUGUUGUUUCCUUCUGCUUUAUAAAACCCUAUCUCCAUCUAUUUGAAAUUGACGGAAUUUUCUGUUUAUGUUAUGUGUGCUUCUUUCUCAUUUUCAUUUGUCAUGAUGAAGACAAAUGUUUGGAAUUUAUGAAUUGCAUUAUGUCGAU